CAAAGAGAGAGAUGGCACUGAGAGCAGCCAUUCUUCGCCAUGUUCGUGUGCCAAUCCAAGGGGCUACGAAAUUGCAACAAUGCCGUAGUUCUAUGACUUCCCUACGCUUCAUGUCCUCACACGGUGAUGAUCAUCUCACCAAAGAAGAGGUCAUCGGGAGAGUCCUCGCUGUCGUCAAAGAUUUCCCCAAAGUCGAUCCCUCCAAGGUGACUCCAGAUGUCCAUUUCCAGAAAGAUUUGGGUUUGGAUAGCUUGGACAACGUGGAGAUUGUAAUGGCACUAGAAGAGGAGUUCAAGCUAGAGAUCCCAGACAAGGAAGCUGAUAAAAUUGACUCUUGUCAUCUUGCCAUUGAAUAUAUUUCUAGUCAUCCUAUGGCUAGUUAACUAACUAGUAGUCUUUUCCCUGUUUGAGUCUAUGUUGAACUUAAGCAUCAUGGCAACCUUGAACCUGCCCCUUACUUUCUCUGGAUGUUUCUUUUUCCUUUUUCAUUUAAAUUGGAGGAAAGGGGCUGGUUGUUUAAAAUAAUAUGAAUUGUUCAGAGAGGAGUUUACCAAUGAAGAACUGGUGGUGCUGCGUUUUUGAAGGAUCAUAUUUUCUACUGAGUUUUGAUUUUUUCCAUGCUAUUUCUGUGAUCUGCUCCGGUAAAUGGCCUGUGGUAUGUCUUUAAGCAAAUCCACCCCCCCCCCUCCUCCCCCAAAAUGAAAUGUUUUAGACUUGUAAAGCAUACCUUCGCAGGAAAUAUCAUUUUUCUCCAACUGUGCUCGCACCACCACCCAUAUGCAAAUCAAUAGCCUGUUUGGUUUCAUGUUCAAAUUCACAUGGAUUCAUGUUUAUUUUAACGUUACUAAUUGUAACAUUUGUUUUAGAUUUACGUUUCCAGGUUUUUUUGACAUGUUUUCUUACACAAAUUCACUGCAAAGAUGAAUUGAUUUGGAGAAUCAUGUUAGAACUGCAUUUAUAUUAAAGGUUUUGUUAAUGAAUAUUCUAUGGGGCCUCAAGAGUGUGUAAACUCUGGUUGGUUAUGCAAAACACACUUUUAACUAAUCAACAACGAGUUCACAUGCUCAUGGCUCAGGAAAUCUAUAGUAAUAACUUAGCUUCGAGAUUGUCAAUUUACUACUAAUGUUUAAAGGAAGCUAGUUCCUCUGGA